UGAUUGCUGUUAGAACACUAUUGCAUCUACCACCCCUCAAUGUAUGCUUCCGGCACCAGUGGAAUAUACUGAAAGCUCAAGACAGAUGUGCAGCACCAAGGAGGGACUGUGAACUACUUUGGAUAGCACUGAUACAUUAUAUUUUUGGUGCACCUCUUCUUGUUGCAUCAACUUGUCUAAAGAAUGCAGUCCAUCAGAGACAUGAAGUCCAACUUUAUUGCUCCACCCUCGUCCUCUAUUCCCGGUGGUCCCGAUGCCUAUCACCAAGGCAACAUCAGGAUGACUCUGGAGGACCCAGAACUCUGGAAGUCUUUCCAUGAAAUUGGAACAGAGAUGAUUAUCACUAAACCGGGCAGGAGAAUGUUUCCACACUGUAAAAUCAACCUUUCUGGGCUGAUGCCUUGUUCCAAGUACAUCUUGUUGGUUGACAUGGUUCCUGUGGAUGGUUUCAGGUAUAAGUGGAAUAAAGAGAAAUGGGAAGUGGCUGGGAAGGCGGAGCCACAGCCCCCUUGUCGGACGUACCUGCAUCCAGACUCUCCAGCCCCUGGGAGCCACUGGAUGAAACAGACCGUCUCCUUCCUCAAGCUCAAGCUUACCAACAACACUCUGGACCAGCAUGGCCAUAUCAUUUUGCACUCCAUGCAUCGCUACCACCCGCGCUUCCACAUUGUCCAGGCAGACGACAUGUACAGUGUACGCUGGAGUGUCUUCCAGACCUUUACCUUCCCUGAGACCUCCUUCACCUCCGUCACUGCUUACCAGAACACUAAGAUAACCAAGCUGAAGAUUGACCACAACCCAUUUGCAAAAGGCUUUCGAGACGAAGGAACUAAUACAAAAAGGCGUGCUAACAGAAACCCAGCCUGCCCAGAGAAGAAAGCAAAGAAAAUUGAUUGUCUAAGCAGAGAGUCAGAUGAGGACAGCCCUCCUGACUUCCGCAGGUCAUCAUAUGAGGGAUACGAAGGAGAGCAGGCAGAACUCCCUAAAACCAAAGAGGAGGAAGUGGUGAAAGAGGAGGGCUACUCCCCCUGGGGGCCUGAGAGGGAGCAUGGCCACCACGUCCGGACAGACUCACCCCCUGGACCUGACACCAGGGAAAUGUACAAUGCAGAGCAGCUAGUACCAGCCCCAGCUUCAUACCAGCCUUACAGGUUCCAUGAAUACGGGAAGUCUCCAUCUCCCUCCUCCAGCAUAGGCAGCAGCAAUGGGGGUUCUGGACGGGCCAGCUUUGAGUCCAGAGUCCCUGAUGUAGCCACAGUCCCAGAGCAUGAAGCCUCCAAGCCCUCUACCCAUGAGAUUGGACCAUCUCCCUGUGGACCCCAACCCCCGGCAGGACAUCCCCAGGACUACACAGCGGUGCUCAACAUGGCCCAGGCAGGCAAGCCAGGGGUCCUCAGCCACCACAUCUACACCCCUUACAGCGCCGAGCAGACCCUGGGCCAGUGGAGCGGCCCCAGCCCUGUCCAGUACCCUCCCCCUCACCACCUGCCUGCUGACUACAGUACCCCGGCUGUUCACCAUGGAUAUCACCAUGGCAAUGUGGCUGAGUGGAGCCAGUACCCACUCUUCUCCUACUCGUGCUGGUGAAACAAUUUCCUCACAGUUUCUCCCAAAAGAGAAGGACUGCAGUCUCACAAGUGACUCAGCGAGACCUCAUAAAUGCUACUAUGCCGUCAUACCUGUGUUUCCUCUGUCCCAAGUCCAGCAUCACACCCUGCUGACUGCUGAUCCAGAGCUCACGGCCAUGCUACUGUAUGCUGGGGCUGAAAGUGAAGCACCUGGGUCAGGAGAAACGCCAACCAGCAGAGAGGAUACCGGAGUGGAACAGAGACAAUAUGCUUCAGAAUGACCGCCAGAGUAGUGGUGUGGACUGGUCUGAUAUCA